AUGUACGAAUUAAUGGCUUCGAGACGCUUGCAGAGCAAAUGCGCUUCUUUGAACUGGUUCAGGUCGUUCAGUGCUUCAAGGUUUGCUCAUUCACUAGCCUUUGCCACAGUGAAAGCCGAAGAAAUAUCAGGCGCUCAGUCAGCUGAAGGUAAUUGGACAAAAUCUCUUCAUUGGAACAAUAUUCCUGAUCCUUUAAAUGGCGCACUGUUUAUUAAGGUUUCUGAAGUUGAUGAGAAGGAAAUAAAGCCUUUUGUCGACAGCUUGUCCAUUUGUCCCAAACACGGUCUGCACAAUCCAUUCAAAGCACCUGAGAGGUACAUGAUGCUUGGAGACGUUACCACAAAAGCAGCUCAUAAACUAUCAUUGCCUGAGGUCUCUGAAUUGUUUGCCAAGUUGAUACAAAGGGUGUCUCCGAAGAGUUACCAACAAGCUUUAGCUGAAGUUUAUGUCACACAGAAGUUUCUGGAAAAAUUUUGUGGCGAUCAGGUUCGUUUUCUGGCUAGGUCAUUUGGUGUUCCAGGAACUUCCCGAACGACCAGACCUUACGCGGCCACCCGUCCUCGCUGUCAUGUUGGCUGCUUGAUUGGAGUGAAGAGUUCCACAACAAGUUGCAGAACCAAAUUGGGGAUGGCUAACAUAAAAUUCAAUGGUUCCUGCGACCAGGGAUUUUCCGAAAACAUAAGGGAAAAAUAUGUUGGGGCUUAUAAGGCAAAGACCAGCCUGCAAAGGCUAUCGUGCUUUGGUAAUAUGGCGGUUUCUAAGUUUUAUAGUUUGGAACAAGGAAUUCGGUCGAUUGCGUUAAGGACCUUUUCUUCCUCUGCAAAGGAGACGACGCUGCGUGAUGCUUUAAAUUCAACACUUGACGAAGAAAUGUCUGCUGAUCCCAAAGUUUUUCUAAUGGGGGAAGAGGUCGGUGAGUAUCAGGGUGCUUACAAGAUCUCCAAAGGGCUGCUGAACAAAUAUGGUCCUGAGAGGGCUGGAUUUGCUGGAAUUGGAGUUGGUGCUGCUUAUUAUGGAUUGAAACCUGUGGUAGAGUUUAUGACUUUUAACUUCUCCAUGCAGGUUUGA